AUGGCGGCGAGGGGCUUGACAGCGCGGGCGCGGAGGCCGGCGCGCAGGACGGGCGUGGUGCGCAGGAGGGUGGGCGACAUGGUGAUGGCGAUGAAGGUGUAUUUGGUCGACUUCCAAACUAUUGACGUGGGGGUUACUUGUCAGCCCGGCUCUAUAUCAACGAAUGGAAUCAAAGAAAAGAGAAUCAAUUGCCAGUUGGAUUCUACUUCAAUCGAUAUCCAAGGCGAGAUAGAAGGGAAACCAUACCGAUGGAGGCAGGAGGGCAACGAAGUGAUUUUAGAAACGUGGUGGUGCUCCGUCGGCAAUGAUGUCAAAAUAUCCAAGAUUCGGAAUUGGGGGAGGGAUCAGAAGAAAGCGGAUAUGCCGAGCUUGAUGAACUCAGCGUUUCGUCAUUCGCCUCGGGAGCUUGGACCACUUUUGGGUAUCUCACGGGGUUUGUGUGAGAGGAACCCACACAGGACUGGUCAAAACGUGGGCCUGAACAAACAGGUCCGGAAGGGCCAGACGUUCAGUAAACGCCGUAUUGGCGUCGAUGCAGCAUCGUGCAAGUUUGUUGUGUCUCUCUGUUGUAAUGAGGAUAUUGAGGAGUAG